AUGGAGAGUUUCCAGCAGAUCGAUCAAAGCAUAAAGCAUCACCUGUCCUUUGCCACAAGCUUCCCUACCUACCGCCAACUGUCUUAUACGUAUCACCCCGAUGCUUUCCGGUCCAAGAGCCAAAACGACUUAGUUGCCGUGGCUAAGCUCUCGAAUGGUCUGCGGCGCAAAUCUUCUGGUGCAACAGCAUCGAGCCGACAGGCAGGAAUAAAGGGAGACAAGAGUUCCCCCGAAAUGGCCCAGCAGCGAGAAAUACCAAUUCCAGAGACCGUUUCCGGGCGCACGAAGAAAAGGAAAUCUCACCCUGCUUGCCUCAAAUGCAACCGAUCACAAACACCGGAAUGGCGGCGGGGGCCGGACGGUCCCGGUACGCUUUGCAAUGUGUGCGGGUUGGUCUUUGCCAAGCGGGAAAGCAGGAUGAAGUUGGACUGCUAG